GGGAACUUGCAAGAAACAACUUAAUUAAAACAGAACAAUAAUCUUCCGUUUAUUAAAUAUCUAUCUUUAUAGUUACAUUGCCAUCAAGUACACGAAAAUGGGAAGCCAUAGCUACAUGAAGGUUUGGAUCGUUUGCCUAAUAGCAUUAAUUGGAGCAACACAUGCUGAAUUGGAACUUGGUUUCUAUUCCAAAAGUUGCCCAAAUGCAGAGAAAAUAAUUUCGGACUAUGUUAAUGAGCAUAUCCAUAAGGUUCCAUCACUUGCAGCACCACUCUUAAGAGUUCACUUCCAUGAUUGUUUUGUAAGGGGGUGUGAUGGAUCAGUGCUUGUGGCGUCAACAAAGAACAAUCAAGCUGAAAAGGAAGCACCUCCAAACCUUACUCUAAGAGGGUUUGAUUUCAUUGAAGACUUAAAGAGCGUUCUUGAAGCUGAAUGCCCUGGAGUUGUCUCUUGUGCUGAUAUUGUUGCUUUAACUGCCAGAGACUCUAUUAGUGCUAUUGGGGGACCUUAUUGGAAUGUUCCAACAGGAAGAAGGGAUGGGCUGAUCUCUACUGGAGCCUUGACCUUACAAUUCCUUCCAGCUCCAUUUCACAACCUCACCACACUCAUUGCACGCUUUCGCCAAGUUGGACUCGAUAUCAAAGAUCUUGUCGUGCUCUCUGGUGCUCACACCAUUGGCAUUGGGCACUGCUCAACAAUCGCAACACGACUUUACAACUUCACCGGAAACGGCGACGCUGACCCAACGUUAGACCCCAACUACGUUCAAAAUCUCAAGACUACAAAGUGCAAGAGCAUCGCAGACCAAACAACUUUGGUUGAAAUGGACCCUGGAAGCCGCAACUCCUUUGAUCUCGGCUAUUAUAAGCAGGUUCUAAAGAGAAGGGGUUUGUUCCAAUCUGAUUCUGCUUUGUUGGAUAGCGUUGCCACCAGGGACAUUAUCAACCAUGAGCUUACUUCUACUGACACCUUCUUUAGGGACUUUGCUCUUUCAAUGGAGAAGAUGGGAAGGAUUGGUGUCCUUACUGGGACACAAGGAGAGAUCAGAAAGAUAUGUUCAAGAAUCAAUUAAAAAAAAAAUUAACUAUUACAAGUUUCAUAUGUCUAAAAAAAUAAACGUUAAUGGUUAUAAGUGACAAAUACCUUACAUUUUAUUUAGAGAAUAUAUUUUUUAGAGAUAUGAGACUUGUAAUAUAAAAAAAAUUAUCUUAUCAUAAUUUAUACAUUUCACUGUCUAUCAAAGUUUGAUAAACCGUGAAAGAAUGGUUUAUUUUUGUUGCAAACAUUGUGUUGCAACAAGUGCAACAGAAUAAUUAUUGGUAAAACAUGCUUGAAUUGUAUGGUAUUCUUUCCUCUUCAAUACUGUUUCUUUCUUUUUUUGGGGUUUGGUUAUCUAUUCUAAGGCAUCUAUGCAAGUGGUAUCAUCAAAUAUAUAGUAUAAGAUAUAUACUAUACGGUUUGGGAUGUGUGUAUA